AUGAGUGUGAUGUCAUCGCGAGAAAUAGCGGACUUCUUCAACCAGACGUAUCGGAGCAAAUUUAAAGAUAUCGACUUUGCAAAACCAUCCGCAACCACUGCAAGAAGAGUGUUUAACAUCUUGGUGAGCUCUGUUUGCAAAAUCAAGAAGACUGCGAAGAAUAAUCGGGCGCUGUAUACACGAGUAUUGACAAGAACAAUGUUUGCGUUGGGGUUUAAAGACUUUGAUGCACUGAAUGACAUUGCUUUUGUGGACAAGACGCGAUUCAUUCAGAUGUGUUGUGCCAUCGUCGACUACCUGAAAGAGGCUGAGAAGUUUAAAGAGGAGAAAAAGCAGAUCUUAGCGGAUUUGAGGAAUACUCAGAGUGAUGUGGAGAGUAAAGAAAAGACUUUGAAAGAACAGAAAGAGGAGGUCGAACGACUGACUUCUUUACAAGCAGCGCAACAACCAAUUGUCGACAAAUACAACGGGAGUAUCAUUGCGUUGACAGAGAAGGUCACUAAUGUGAAGAAAGAGAAAUACAGUGUGGAAGAAACAACAACACAAACACUCGAGAGUAUCUCGCAAUGCGCAAAAGACACUGCGGCGACGGUGGAGAAUAUCAAGAAGUGUGACGAGUAUAUCACCUUUGCCCAGAAGGUGAUCGAAGCAACAAACAAUUUGAAUAAGAUCAACGGAGAAAUCUGUGCACAAACAAAUCAGGCGGGGAGGUUACAAAGCGAGUUGGAGCGAACAAAAGAGGAGAAGACGUUAACAGAGGCGAACAACCAAAUGUAUAUCUUGUGUGAGGGAGUUCUUCGACAAUGCGAGAAUGUGUAUCAGCGACACGUUGCCGCUUCGCAAAGUGCAGAAACAAAGGGUACCACUUUGAAGGAGACUCAAAGAACGUUUGACAAAGCAAUCGAGACACAAAAGGACAUCAAAAGAAAAAGAGACACAGCUGAGAGUGAGUGCUUGAAAACAGAGGAAAUGGCAAAAGAAGUGAUAACAAAUGGAGGCGCAGAAGAGAGGAGAUACACCAACGAGAAUGAGUCGGUUCAAAAAUUGACACUUCAAGUCGAAAGUGAUAUCAAGUCGUUCACAGAAAAGAUCCAACAACUCAAAGAUCUUUGUGUUGAUGAAGAACAACAGAUCAAUUUACUUAAAGUCACACAUAUUAGAAUAUGCAAAACAGUGUCUGAUAAAGUGUUGGAACUCAAGAAUUUGGGGUCUUCUGCUAAAACGAAAGACACGCCACAACUGCCAAAAUCGGUGUUUUAA